AGCUAUUUACCACGGGUGAUAGACAGUUAUCACAGGCAUAAAAUGAAGAUGUCAAGUUUGUGUUUACUAAUUUGGAAUUUAUUAUUCUCUUUUUAUAUAAUUGGUGAAGCCGUUGAAAGAACAGUUGUCUCUAAUAUUGGAACAGUAAUUGGGGAGGUUCGAACUAUCACUAUUGGACCUUCAACAGCUGAUAUAACAGAGUUUCUUGGCAUACCUUAUGCUGAACCACCCACAGGAAAUAGAAGAUAUUCUAAGCCAGUGAAGAAAGAGAAAUUUAACAGUACAUUUUCUGCCUUGCAACUUGGUGCAUCCUGUCCUCAGGCCAGUCCACUUUUCACACCAAAUAAAACUGACGAAGACUGUUUAUUUUUGAACAUUUAUACCCCAGCUACAUCUAACAGCGUGGCCAGAUUUCCUACCAUGGUCUGGAUACAUGGGGGUGGCUUCAUUGUCGGUGAUGGCAAUUCCUUUGGCGGCGAAAAGUUAAGCGCUUACGGUCAGGUGGUCGUGGUAACUGUAAAUUAUCGUCUAGGACCUUUUGGAUUUCUGAACACUGACGAUGGUUCUGUGGACGCCAACAAUGGCUUAUGGGACCAGCAUCUUGCACUUAAAUGGGUUAAGGAUAAUAUCGAAGACUUUGGUGGGGAUUCCACGAAAAUCACUAUCUUCGGACAAUCAGCUGGCGCUACUGCUGUUAUGUUCCAAACCAUAUAUCCCAUGAACGCUGGAUUAUUUCAAAGAGCUAUAGGUGAAAGUGGUGCUGCUAAUAUGCCCGGAGCUUUGGUACCGAAACCGGCUGAAAAGGCAAAACAAUAUGCUGCAAAAUUGCAAUGCCCAGUAACUUCUACGUCAGGAAUGGUCGAAUGUCUGCGAAGCAAAACAAACGUGACUGAACUUGCUAUGAUGUCUGAUUUAAGUUUUGCUCAAGGGGGAACUGAUUGGAGCCCAUCAAUUGAUGGCGACAUUGUAUCAAAAGACCGAACAGACGCCCUAAAUAGCCUAACUGGUGAAAAAAACCUAAUACCUUUUAAUAACAUUGAUCUUAUAAUGGGAACCAACGGCUAUGAAGGAUUUCUUAUUCUAACAUUUCCAUUAUUUGCCAAACAGUAUGCCGUUAUGAAAAAUGAGACAGCAUCCAUCGACGAUAUAAAAGAGGCAACCAGAAAUAUCAUCUCCUUUUUUGUAGAGGCUACGUACGGACAAGACCUGGCCGGGAAGAUCUUAGACACAAUCAUGUUUGAGUAUACGAACUUUGACGAGCCAAACAAUAGAGACCUACAUAUUAAACAAUCGACCGAUUGCUUAACGGACAUAAAUUUCUACAUACCGAUUCUCAAUUCCUUACAAAAUCAUGUCCGCAGUAAAAACCAAACUAAAACAUUUCAGUAUGAGUUUGAUGAACUCUACCCGUUCCAACAUAGAGAUUCUUGGAUAAAAGGAGCGGUGCACGGAGACGACGUCCCCUAUGUAUUUGGUUUUCCAAGAGGACUAGAGGUAUACUAUAAUUUUACCAGUGAACAAGGUGCUACACAAUGGCCUUUCUCGUCGGAAAUCAUGGACUAUUGGACAAAUUUUGCGAAAACGGGAUCUCCUACAAAUGCUGACGACCGAACUUCGACUCUUGUUCAGUGGAAGGAAUUCAGCAACACCCAGAAAGAAUAUUUAUAUAUGACAUCGAAGCUUAUAGAACAACGAGACAAUCUUUUUGCCCGACGUGUGGAAUUUUGGACCAGUUAUUUACCUGCGUAUAUUAAAAGAGUAACUAUCGUAACAAAUGAUACAGCAGCCAAACCAUGUCCCGUUCCCAAAAAUGCAUCCUCCAAAAUAUCGAUUAAUGUUAGCUAUAUUGCUUUCUUGAUCUUAACUUUAAUCUAUUCCGUUUAAACUUCAAUUUGUUUAAUCUAUCAACAGAUAAACCUGACAAUUUCUUAUGAAGGAUGGAAACUAAUAUAAUUUUAGUAAAAGACAUCUAAGUUUUUCCUAAGCACGGCGAAGGACUCUUUAUGCUAAUACCAGUGUUAGAGUAAAUUUAUCUUUGGUUUAUAUAUUAUGUUAAUACCAGCAAUAUGGUAGCGUUUAUAUAUUUUUGGUGCAGUAUAUAUAAGCGUUAAUUUAAUUUUGGAGUAUAUAUUAAACAGAUACCAACAACAUGUUAAUGUUUAUUACGGUACGAACACGUUUUGUUUCGAAAGAGUUUACUAUUUUGUUGUUAACGUUUAUUUAUUUCUCGUUUAUAUAUUAUGGUAAUAGUAGUAACAUGUUAAUGUUUAGUUAGUUUUGGUUUAUAUAUUAUGGCAAUACCAACAACAUGUUAAAUUUUAUUUAGUUUUGGUGUAUAUAUUAUGCGAAUACCAACAACAUGUUAAAGUUUAUUUAGUUUUGGUAUAUAUAUUAUGCGAAUACCAACAACAUAUUAAAGUUUAUUUAGUUUUGGUGUAUAUAUUAUGCGAAUACCAACAACAUGUUAAAGUUUAUUUAGUUUUGGUGUAUAUAUUAUGCGUAUACCAACAGCAUGUUAAAGUUUAUUUAGUGUUGGUGUAUAUAUUUAUGCUCAUAUCACACUUAAAUAUUUAAAUUGAAAUUCGAAUGUUCAAAUAUCAAUUAUUUAUAAAAAUAGCAAAAUUUUAUGUUUAUUAUAUUUCGCUCGCUCGCAAAGCGUACCACUGUAUAGCCUCAUUUAUAGAUCCAUACGCCGUCGCAAUUGACCCCGUCCCGUUUUAGCUAACACGUGACUGAAUACAAAAUUGUAUCAUGAUUUCACAACAACGGUGACCUGAUUGGACAAGAUACUACUACACUUGUGUUUAUAAAUAUACCGACCUCGACAAAUAUGUGUAAGGUACACAAAGGGCGGAUUUAGUGGGGGCGCACUUCGUGCACGCCGCCACCCCCGCCUUAACUGGAUCCA